AAGGAACCCAGAAAUUGGGUUCUUCAAGGAACCCAGUUGCUAGGUUCUUCGCGAAACCUAGCAACUAGGUUCUUCGCGGAACCCAGCAACUAGGUUCUUUGCGAAACCCUGCAACUGGGUUCUUCACGGAACCCAUAAUGACGAAGAGCAUGGAGAAAGGGAUGGCAAAGAAAAUGGUGAAGAUGAUGAAGACGAUGGUGAAGAUAAACGGCGAUAUGAUGAUGCUUGAGGAUGAAGGCUUCAAGGAUUUUGUACAGGAGAAAUGGGGCAACUAUGAUACAAAAGGCUGGGGAGGCUAUAAACUCAAAGAAAAUUUGAAGAGAUUGAAAAAGGACUUGAAAAUAUGGAAUAAGGAAGUUUUUGGAUUGAUUGAGGAAAAUAUGGAGAAGAUUAGGGAGGAGAUUACGAUACUAGAUGAAAGAGGAGAGAGAGUUUCAAUAUUAGUAAAUGGGAGUCCUAUGAAGGAGUUUCAUAUGUCCAAAGGACUUCGGCAAAGGGAUCCCCUUGCUCCAUUCCUAUUUCUUCUUGUAGCUGAGGCUUCCAAUGGAUUGACUGAAAAAGCAGUGGAAGAAGAUCAAAUUAAAGGUUCUGAACUACAAGAAAUGGCUGAUAAGCUAAAUUGUGUAGUGGGUUCCCUGCCAUUCAGAUAUCUGGGUGUGGUUGUUGGUGCUGAUCGUCAAUUUCAUCAUGCAAACUUCGCAGUCAAAGGUGGUGGCCCUGAGAUGAUUGCUGAUGGGAUAAAAUAUGAGGCUGAAACCUCUUCUCUUGGCAUUGCAUCAUUUAAUGUAAUUGAUAAUGAGAAAGGGGCAGUUAGCAAUGCGGGUUUGUUUUCUGACAGAAAUUUUGAAGCCUAUAGGCAAAACAGCUUGGAACCAGUGAGAAACUGUUGUUCUUUUUUCAAACAAAGAAAUGGUGAGAACCGAGAGGAAGAUGAAAAACAGAGCAUAAGCUCUGCAGCAUGCUUGGUCCCUUGGCAGCUCUACAGCAUGCUUGGUCCCUUGGCAGCUCUGCAGCCUCUGUGCAGCUUAGCUUUCUGCACUUUGCUGCUACCGUGCUUUGGUGCAGCUCUCCCAUCUUUUCAUUUUGCUGCAACUUGUGCAGCUCUUCCUUCUUCAUUUGCUGCCAUUUUGUGCAGCUUUCAUUUUCAUUUGCUGCUACUUUUGCAGCUUGAACACCACAGCUCCAACAGAAACACAAACUCACCAGAGCGUUAUCAGACUUCAAGGAUAUCCCCUGGAUCACUCAGAUACUAUGGCUUAGGCCUAGAGAAUGGACAUACAGAUUUUGACAUAUCAAAAGAGGCAGGUGGGUUUGAGAGGGCAAUCACUAAGAAUUUCAAUGCUACUGUGACAGAGAACUAUCUUGAAAUUCACCUAUUCUGGGCUGGUAAGGGAACAUGCUGCAUACCAUCAAGUGUCCAUGGACCAUCCAUUUCAGCAACCAACGUGGUAUCAAGUACAGCAAAAGGGAAUGGGACUGGGUUGAUUGUAAGUGUUGCAGUUCCUGUUGGAGUUGUCACCUUCAUCUUGAUGUUGAUAUUUGUAGUCUUCUACUUGACAAGGAGAAAAGAUGUUGACGAGGAAAAUUUUAUUCCAACUUCUCUUGAAUUUGUAGAGCUUCUUGGAACAGCACCCGGACCAAACACCUACAGUUAUGCCGAGUUGAGAGCUGCAACAGAUGACUUCAGUCCCUCAAAUAAGUUAGGAGAACGGGGAUUCAGUCCGGUAUACAGGGGUAAACUUUCUGAUGGGCGGGUAGUAGCUGCGAAGCAGCUUUCAGUAGCAUCUCACCAAGGGAAGAGUCAAUUUGUUACUGAGAUUGCUACCAUAUCUGCGGUGCAAUAUCGCAACCUCGUUAAAUUGUACGGAUGCUACAUUGAAGGAAAGAGAUGCCUCCUUGUUUAUGAGUAUCUUGAGAACAAAAGCCUUGACCAAGCACUCUUUGCAACUGCUAGGGGACUGGCUUAUCUUCAUGAGGAAUCAAGGCUGAGGAUCGUACAUAGAGACAUGAAGGCAAGUAACAUUUUGCUUGAUUCUGAACUCUGUCCGAAAAAAUCUGACUUUGGAUUGGCAAAGCUCUAUGAUGAUAAGAAAACUCACAUCAGCACUCGGGUUGCAGGAACCAUCGGCUAUUUGGGACCAGAGUAUGCAAUGCGUGGCCACCUCACUGAGAAGGCAGAUGUCUUUAGCUUUGGUGUUGUUACUUUGGAAAUCCUCAGUGGAAGACCAAACUCUAACAACAGCCAGGACAAAGACAAGAUCUAUCUUAUUAAAUGGGCAUGGACUAUGUAUGAAAGCAACCAAAGUCUAGGUUUGGUGGAUCCAACCCUAGUUGAAUUUGAUGCAAAUGAAGCUAUAAGAAUGAUAAAGUUGGGACUCCUGUGCACCCAAGCAUCACCAAUAAUGCGACCACCCAUGUCAAGGGUUGCAGCUAUGCUUGCUGGUGAUAACAAGAUCAAGAACAAUCUUAAUCUAGGGAUAGAGCUGGUGCCUUCUCCAUUAAAUAUCACUGAAUUCAGUGACAUUAUUGGGGAAGGAAGGUGAGAGAUGUUUUUCCUUAAAAGCUCCAUUUUGCUACUUCUCCUGCUUCUACCUCUGCCACAUAUUUUCUAGUUCAAUAAAGUAGAUACUGAAAU